CCCCCUCAGUGACGUCACACGGACAAAGAGCAGCGGCACACGAGGGCGGCAUUGGAGGGGACAGAGCGGGCGGAUGGCUUGAGAGUGUCGGCGCCUCCUUGCGUUUCUGAUCGGCCGGGCGGAAACAGGACACCCAGGUGCCAUGCUGUGCAACGGGAGCCUUGAGAUGUGCCUUUUCUUCUUUGUGGCUUGGGUACUUUAUGCCUCCCGAGUGGCAGCUGUCCUGGAUAUUAAGGUUCCCGAAGGGACCCUGGUGGCACAGUAUGGUAAGGAUGUGGUACUCAACUGCUCAUUCUCAGCCUCCAGUGCUGUCAACAUCUCAGAUCUCAGCAUCAUCUGGCAACUGGCAGACACCAAGAAGAUUGUCCACAGAUUUGUGCUGGGACAGGACGACCUGGGAAGCCAGGCCGAGAGCUUUGUGGGCCGAACGCAGCUCUUCCCAGGUAGAAUGAGCACAGGAGACGUGUCGCUACUGCUGCGGCACGUCCAGAUAGAAGACGAAGGCUUCUUCACCUGCUUUGUCAGCUACGAGGACUACGGCUCUGCCAGCCUCCAGCUGCUCGUGGGAGCAUCCUACUCCAAGCCACACAUCAUGGCGAAGCCGGCCUCCAACCUGCGGCCAGGGGACGAGGUGACCAUGAGCUGUCUGUCUCACGGCGGGUACCCUGAAGCGGUCGUGCUGUGGCUCGACGGAAGGGGCAACAACCUGACGACAUUAAGCAGCACCUCUCAAGUGGCCAACGAGAAGGGUCUGUUCAUGGUGCACAGCGUCCUGCGGGUCAGUGUGGAGGCCAACAGCAGUUACACGUGUCGGGUGAAGAACGAGGCCCUCGGCGAGGAGACGCACUCCUCCUUCAACAUCACGGGGCCGCAAGUGACCUUCCCUCCAGUGGCAUUGUGGGUAACGAUCAGUCUGGCAGUCUGCCUCGUGGUGCUCCUCAUUGCUUUGGCGUAUGUGUGCCGGAAGAAAAUUGCAGAAAGCUGUAAGGAGGGACCCCCGGCAGCAGAAGAGGCACAAGAAGUGGAGGAGGACGAGACCAAAACAGCCAUGAAGCCUUUAAACUCUUGAUGGGAACACGUGGCACAGGACGACGCUCCGCUCACCUUGCACUUUCUGGGACUCUUACAAUAAAUGCUUUUCUACUGCCAGAA